AUGCUUCAGAUAUUCUUUUUCCUUGCCAUUAUUGUCUCAGCAAUUUUGAAUUUUGCGGGGCUCAUUGUAAAUCUCUUUAUUGCAGUGGUCAGUUUUCGGACUUGGCUCAAAAGCCCCAGAAUCUCCUCUUCGAAUAGGAUCCUCUUCAGCUUGGGCGUCACCAGAUUUCUGACGCUGGGACUGUUUCUACUCAACAUCACAUACUCCUUCAUCUCUCCAAAUGUGGAAAGGUCAGUGCACUUAUCUACUUUUUUCCUGUUGUGUUGGAUGUUUUUGGACUCGAAUAGUCUCUGGCUUGUCACCUUGCUCAAUGCCUUGUACUGUGUAAAGAUUACGGACAUGCAACACGCGGUAUUUCUCCUGCUGAAACGAAAUCUCUCCCCAAAGAUCCCCAGGCUCGUGCUAGCUUGUGCGCUGAUUUCUGCCUUCACCACUCUCCUGUAUGUGGUGCUCAGACAGACAUCGUGCUUUCCUGAAUUUGUGCCUGGGAAGAAUGGUACAGGAUGUGACAUCAACGAGGGCGUCUUGUCUUUGGUGAUCUCUUUGGUCUUGCGCUCGUUUCUCCAGUUCAUCAUUAAUGUGACUUCUGCUUCCUUGUUAAUUCAUUCCUUGAGGAGACAUAUACAGAAGAUGCAGAAAAACACCACUGUUUUUUGGACUCCCCAGACUGAAGCUCACCUGGGCGCUAUGAAGCUCAUGAUCUGUUUCCUCAUCUUGUACAUUCCGUACUCACUCGCUUCUCUGCUACAUUAUUUCCCCUUUGUCAGGAUGGAUUUGGGAGCCAGAUCCAUCUGCAUGGUUAUUUCCACCAUUUACCCUCCAGGACAUUCUGUUUUCAUUAUUCUCACACAUCCUAAACUGAGAACAAAAUCAAAGGCGAUUCUUUGUUUCAACAAGUAG